AUGAUGAAAACAAAUGCAGAUAACUAUAAGGUCAUUGAAGAAUUUUGCUGUAGAAUGACAGGCACGAUGAAGGAAUGGUAUCACAAUCUUGGGGCUUUCAAACAAGAUGAGUUACACCAUUUAGAAAGCACAACUAAUAUCCUUGGUGUACUCCACCAGGAGUUUAUCAGAGAUAUGGAUAUGUUCAAUAGAAAAGAUAGACAGGAAUUCUUUGAGAUGAAGUGUUGUUCCCUCAAAACAAAAGACCUCGACAAACACUAUCACAGGAUGUCACAAAGGUUUUAUCUCCUCAAUGGGUAUAACGAUCCUAGUCUCAAGAAUACCUAUGUAUCGUCUCUACCACAUGAAAUCCAGUAA